AUGACAGACUUUUUAUAUAAUUUUCUAAUUGGAGGUAUUUCAGCUGCUCUUUCCAAAACGGUCUCUGCCCCAUUUGAAAGAGUUAAGUUAUUACUAUAAACCUAAGAUGUAAAUUUGAGGAUUUAAAAUGGUUAAACAAAAAGAUUUAAUGGUAUCUUCAACUGUUUUUCAAGAAUAAUAAAAGAGGAAGUAACUUGAGCAAUAAACAUCUUUUAGGGAUUAAGUGCGUUAUGGAGAGGGAACUUCCCAAAUAUUAUUAGAUAUUUUCCAGCAUAGGCUUUGAAUUUUGCUUUUAAGGAUACAUUCAAAGGUUUAUUCAAUCGUUAUAGUAAAUGAAAUUAAUAAGUUUAAGAUCCAAAAAGAGAGCCAUUUUAUUUCUUUUUAGGAAAUAUGGCUUCAGGUGGAGCAGCUGCAGCAACAUCUUUAAUAUUUAUUUAUCCUCUAGAUUUUGCAAGAACAAGAUUGGCUGCAGAUAUCGGUAAGAAAGCUGAUAGAUAAUUCAAUGGUUUGACAGAUUGUUUAAACAAAGUUUAUAAAUCAGAUGGUUUUGGAGGAUUAUAUAGAGGAUUUGGUGUUACAAUUUUUGGAGUGGUUUUUUAUAGAGCCAUUUAUUUUGGAGCAUUCGACACUGUCAAUUCAUUUAGAUUAUUUGAUUAAAACAUAGUUCCUCAAAUAUUUUUUAUGUUUUUCUUAGCAUAAUCGGUGACUAUUACUGCAGGAUUUUUAUCAUAUCCUUUAGAUACGAUUAGAAGAAGAAUGAUGAUGCAAUCAGGUAUUAUUAAAUUAAAUAUAAAAAUAGGAAGAUCUGAUGUAUUAUAUAAAAAUAGUUUUCACUGCUUUAAAAAAAUAAUUUCUUAGGAGGGAGUUAGAGGUUUGUAUAAAGGAUUUUUGAUAGAUUUCUCAACAAAAAUAGGAUCUUCGCUUUUCUUGGUUUUUUAUUCAAAUUUAGAAUCAAAUUCUAAUUGA